UACGGCCACACCAGCCCAUACAUUGAUAAAUUGGUCAUUUUGGACCGAAUUUAGUUAACAUUAAAUAUAACGAAAACUCUAAUCUAAGAUGCGCACAGUGCUUUUGAGCAAAACCGAUGAGCUGUACCUGGAGAAAUGCGCACAGGAGAACCAGUUCUCGUACGGAAUAAUUGUGGGCCAUCAAGCGGAUCUCACCAAGAGCGUCGUGGUCCACCUGGCCAGGAACAACGAGGAGGAUGCAGAUCUGGAGGAUCUCUCAGAUGUGCGACUCACAAUCUCGGACAUUAACUCACAGGCGUUGGCUUCCCAGUGGCUGAGCGCCAGCAAAAUGUGUCCCGGAUCCUUUGACGUCAUUGGUAUUUUUGUAUCAUCAGUAAGAUCCGAUGUGGUCAAUGAGCAGAGCUCCGAAUUUAAGAAUGCCAAAAAGCUGUUCUCAGACAUCUACGAUUUACUAUUAAAGAGCAGCAGCUCCUUUGGCGUCUACACCACCGAUGUUGCUCAGACUGACUUCGUGUUCCUCUCGUACUCGCUGGCCGACAAGAAAGUGCUCUGCAAGAACUACAGCUAUGGAAACGGAGGAACUUUCUCAAACAUGGAAUACAGGUUUGUGGACAAGCCCUUUGAAUGGAUUCAGCUAGAGUGCACCUACGACUUGGAUGACGUGCUGCCCAUUCUGGAUGCAUCGCGUCGCGUUAACAUCGAAGAUCAGUUCCAAAAUAUUAUAGUAUCAGUGCGCAAAAACCUUAUAGUCAGUGAGGUGUUCCUGCAGAACGAGGUGGUGGAGGACACCAUCGAUCUGCAGGCUUAUAUUAAGAAGAAAAAGACAAAAGUGGAUAAGCUGAAGCCCACAUCUGCGAGUGGUGGAACGGCCUCGACAGCAAGCAACACCUCGGACUCCCUGCCCCACCUCGCCUCGGAUAAAGCGAUCGGAAGUGGCGAUCCCAUCCGGGCGAGCAUCCUACUCCCGAUGAAGUGCCAGCUGAGCAAACCGACGGACAUCAAGGUUCGCGAAUUCAAUGGAACUCUGCGCAUGAGCGGCAUCAUAGCCACAAAGAUAUUCUGUAGUCCUCGAAACAGUAUAGCAGAUGUGAAGCGUUUCCUGCGGGACGACGUGCUGCGUUCCCUGAUCACACGUAUUCAAGUCUACUGCGACGGCCUCACGGAUCCCUAUGUGACCAACGAAGCCUUGUACAUCAGUGAGCCCCCGAGAAGGGUGUUCUUCAGCUUGCCUUCAGAGGGACACAGCUCUUCGGUCGGUGCAGUGGUCCAGUUCUCCGAAUACUUAUUCCGUGGCGAAGCUCCCACCGUGGUGGUAGCUCAGGCCAAGCAGAUCCUGGACGUGGAACUGGACCCAGAAACCAUAUCUCUGGAGGCGGAAGGACUGCCGGAUGACUCAAACUUCACAAAGGGAAAUGCAGCCAACGAUUGCACAGAUGACUCCCGGAUUUUACCCAGUUCGAUGCCAAAACCAGAACUAUCGCGAAGCCUCUACAUGGUGGGAAUCGCGGUGGCCCUGCUGGUUCUUCUAGCUUCUGUAGCCCUCCACUAUAUCCUGACCGAUCAAUAGGCAGCUGGGAUGCCCGUCGAUCUGCUGUUGGGGCCUCUUUGUCCAAACCACUCUUGUAGCUCUUUAUACAAAAAUGUUUUUAUACAGAUACAUUAUUCGCAUGUGUGCCCACGCACUCACCUCUCUAUUGUGAUCGUUUGUUUUUAUAAUCCAUUGUGUACUCGUAGUAGUAAAAAACGAAAGUGUAUAGGGAUCACGUUAAAUAGUUUUAUUGUGGAAGCAAAACUGUGCAGCAUUUAACACCAAUAUAAUAAACUAAUAAGUAAUGUA